AUGAUUGCGAUGCGAGGCUCUGCCUCUCUAUCAAGUCGGCCGGGCGUGCGAACCUCGAUUUCCUCGAGCCAACCAUGCGUCUGGGCCAGCGCGACAGCUCGUCGGCGAGCCCGCCUUGGUCUUGCGCAUCGAGCAUGGGAGAGCACGUCGUCCAUUGCGGAGGAGAAGGAGAGCGGGCGCUUUUCCGUAAAGCCCAAUGAGUCGCUCUUGUUCUUUGAUAACCUUUUCCCAAUCAGGCUGAGUGCCGUGCUCAGGAUCUGGUCGGAUACGGACCGGGACCUGGCCGAUUUGCUCAAGCGAUUCGACAACUCGACCCUGGGCAUCCUGGACCCCAUUCGGCUGGUCAAGAGGGCGAUUCCGGCCGACAUUCCGCUCAAGGUGACGGAGAUUCUGCCGCGGCUCAAGGAUGGCGGAGCCUAUGUCAAGGUGCAGUACGAUGCGAGCGUGAGCCCGUCAGACAUUGAAGGCACGCUGCAGCGCAAGCUCCAGCAGCAGCCGCUCAAGCCCUGGUUCAGCCCGUUUCGAGGCAUCAAGGCUCGCUUGGUCGACUUUGUGCCCUCGACGCCGGGGGCCACUCCCGUAGAGUUAUCCGAGGAGACUCUGUACAGUCUAUUUCGCAAAUACGGCAAGAUUGCCGACAUACUGCCCCAGCCGUGGGACUCCAAGGAGACGCCGCGGUUUGCGCAAAUCGGCUUCCCACGGGUACGCGACGCCAUCAUGGCGCGCAAUUGCCUGCACGGCUUCGUCGUGACCGAGGCCAUGGGCGGCGGCAAGGACGGCACGGUACUGCGGCUCUCGUACGUCAGGCGCGUCAAGGCGCAUAGCAUUUGGAACUGGUUGACGAGCCACCCGCGCAUAGUAAUACCCAUUCUGGCCGCUCUUCUGGCCGGAGCGUCCGUUAUGAUUUUUGAUCCCAUCCGCAAGUUCUUCAUCAAAGCCCACAUCCAGCACUCUCUGCGCUUCACUGAGUCACGAAUCUACAAGUGGUUCAAAUCGCAGACGGACGGCUUCACCUUUGGCCGCAAGAAAGAGCUCGGGGGGGGGUUGAGCACCGUUUGGAAUCACCGCCGCGACGCCAUCGGCCAGCUCCAGGGUUGGCUGGACGGGAGCUCCGAUAAUUUUAUCGUCGUUACAGGCCCUCGGGGUUCGGGCAAAGCCGAGAUGGUGUUGGACCAGUCGCUCGCAGGGCGCCAGAACGUGCUUGUGAUUGACUGCAGGCCCAUCGUGGACGCCAGCGGCGAGGCGGGCACCAUCAAACGACUUGGAGGCGCAGUCGGAUACCGCCCGAUAUUCUCGUGGGCUAACAGCACGAGCAGCAUGAUUGACCUCGCCGUGCAGGGCACGACGGGCGUCAAGGCCGGCUUCUCGGAAACGCUGGAGUCCCAGAUCAGCAAGAUCCUGCACACGACUGCCGCCGCUCUCAAGGACGUGGCUCUCUCGGGCCGCUCGAGCAAGGACAAGGACGCCGCCCUCUCCGAAGACGCGUUCCUUGAGGCGCAUCCGGAGCGGAAGCCCAUCAUCGUCAUCGACAACUUUCUGCACAAGAAUGACGAGAAGUCGAUUGUCUAUGAAAAAAUUGCCGACUGGGCAGCGUCCUUGGUGCAGAACAAUAUCUGUCACGUCAUCUUCCUCACAAGCGAUACGGCCUACUCCAAGCCCCUGUCAAAGGUGAUGCCCGACCGGGUCUUCCGGACCAUCUCGCUUGACGACCUUGAUUCCUCGGCCGCCAAGAACUUUGUCGUCAACAGACUACAGGAUGACCAGCGGCUCGAGGCCGAGGCGGGUGAGGAAAAGGGUGAGAAGCAGCAGUCGCAGUUCAACUUGGCCGAGCUCGACAAGUGCAUCGAGACGUUGGGUGGCCGCUUGACGGACCUGGAGUUCCUCUCGCGGCGGAUAAAGGCCGGGCAGCGCCCCCAGCAGGCCGUGGACGAGAUUGUGGAGGAGAGCGCGACAGACAUUGUCAAGAUGUUCCUGCUGCCCAAGACGGGCGAGACUGAGCAGAAGUGGUCGGCCGAACAGGCGUGGCACCUGGUCAAGUCGCUGGCCGAGUCCCCCUCGCUGCGCUACAACCAGGUGCUCCUCUGCCCGGCGUUUUCGGCAUCGACGACGCCGUCGGCGGCCAGCGGGGAGGCGGCGCUCGAGGCGCUGGCCGGGGCCGAGCUUAUCUCGCUCAAGUCGCGGCAGGGGCGGCCGCAGCAGAUCCGGGCGGGCAAGCCGCUGUACCAGGCGGCCUUUGCGCGGCUGGUGGGCGACAGGGUGCUGCGGGCCAAGAUGGACCUGGCGGUGCUGAGCGAGAUAGUGAAAGUCGAAGCGCGCGGCAUCGACGCAGCCGAGACGGAGCUGGCCCUCCUCGGCUCCUUGCCGCGGCAGACAGGCGAGACGGCGGGGCGGGCGACGUACCUGCUUGCCAAGCUCGACGCGGCGCAGCGCAAGAUCACCGAGCUGGAGCGGGAGAUGGGUGCGCUGAAGAAGGUGCUCAACGAGGAGUACUGA